AUAAAUAAUAAAAAAAUUACGAAUUGUGAUAAGUGCUAUGAAGGGAAUAACUAGGAUGCAGAGAUGGAGAAUAAUGGAGGAACUACUUAGAGUUGGUCAGUAGAGACCUUGCUGAAAGUCAGGAUUUAAGCUGAGCUCAGAGAAUAAAGGAUGUUGGAAGAAUAAUGUUCUGGGUAGAAGAAAUUGCAUGUGCAAAGGCCCUGAAGCACAGAGCUCAUACAGCACUUCACCAAAACACCAGCCUAGGAGAGUGAUUGUCAACUCAAAUCCUACUGUUCUAUGUUAGCUGAGCUGUUCUCUGGCAAAGGGUUGAGACAACCUAAAUAAUAGUGUACUUUUUCCUUUGCACAAAAAUAUAGGCCUGGUUGCUAUGAGUUAGAAUUAGCUUGAUAGUAAAGGGUUUAGGUUCGCUUUUGGUAACCAAGCUCUAGGCAUAUGAGACUACAUAAUUCCAGAGGCGGCAAAUUUCUAUUAGGUCCACCAACACACUGUAGAGACAAGCAGUGGCCCGGCUGAGGGAGGUAAGAUUGUAGUGCAUUACAGGGAGUUUUCAUGACUGGAGGACAGUGAAUGAGGGGUGAACAGAUUGCAUCAGACAAUAUUGGAGGUGGAGCAGCUGAUGAAUUGGCUUGUGCAACAGAUACAGGCAGAGAUGAAAGAAGCAGUGAUUAAUAUGGUAGUCCUGGUUGAGUGGACUGGACAGAGGGGAGAUGUUUAGCUGUGAAAUUUUAGAUGCACUGAAUGUGGUGGAGGAGAGAGUCGGAGAAAUUAAGGGUGCAUACCAAGUUUAGGGUCAGCAACUAGCUUGAGAGUAGUGCCGUUUAAAGUGGGAACAAACAGCUUUAAGGAAUAAGAAGUGGCUCAGUUGGCAGUUUAGCUAAAAUAUGUGUGUGUGUAUAUAUAUACAAGCUUCUGGGUUUUUUUAUAUAAGCUUCUGCUGCUAAAAUAUUUGAAAACCUAUGCAUUCUGUUGGAUUAACUGUAGCGUGACUAGGUGCCAUAAGGAUGACCCAGUAGAUUUUAGAAUGGCUGUUCUAUUUAUUUUGGCACUUUCAUUUUUUUUUGUCAAUGUCUGGGUUGUUAUUAACACUGUCAUCAUUAUAUCUGUCACUGCUCCUGAAUCCACAAAGCACUGCAAAGAGAUGGAGAAAGUGAAUGGCACAGUGAAGACUGAGUUCUUCCUCCUGGGAUUUAGUGACCACCCAGAACUUCAGAGGCUUCUUUUUGCUGUGUUCUUUUCCAUCUACUCGGUGACCCUCAUGGGGAACCUUGGGAUGAUUUUAUUAAUCACAAGCAGUUCCCACCUGCACACACCUAUGUACUUUUUCCUCUGCAUGUUGUCCCUCAUAGAUGUAUGCUACUCUUCUGUCAUUGCUCCCAAAUUACUUGUGGACUUGGUUUCUGAUAAGAAGACAAUUUCUUACAAUGGAUGUGCUGCGCAGCUCUAUUUUUUCAUUUCUUUUGUUGAUACUGAAUCUUUCCUCUUGGCUGCCAUGGCUUAUGACCGGUACAUAGCAAUCUGCAACCCACUGCUUUAUACUGUUAUCAUGUCCAAGAGAAUUUGUUGCCAGCUUGCAGUGGGAGCAUUUUUGGGGGGCACCAUGAGCUCCAUUAUCCACACCACUAACACCUUCCAUCUCACUUUCUGCUCCAAAGAAAUUAACCAUUUCUUUUGUGAUGUCUCCCCUCUAUUUUCACUGUCCUGCACAGACACCUACAUUCAUGACAUAGUUCUGGUGGUGUUUGCUAGUUUGUUUGAAGCUGCCUGUCUUCUAACAGUUCUUCUCUCAUAUGUCUUCAUCAUAGCAGCUCUCCUCAAGAUAAGUUCUGCUGAGGGAAGAAAGAAAGGUUUCCUCACUUGUGCUUCCCACCUGAUCUUUGUCACUAUCUACCAUGGCACCUUGAUCUUCAUUUAUUUGCGCCCUGGUACAUGUCAUUCACUGGAUAUUGACAAAGUGACCCCUGUGUUCUAUACAUUGAUUAUACCUAUGUUGAAUCCCCUGGUUUACAGUCUAAGGAACAAAGAUGUCAAAAAUGCCUUUAGAAAACUUAUCAGUCAAAAACUGCUUUCUUAGGAAAAGAUGAAAUAAGACUUGAAAACCUUUCAGCAAUAUAUGUUUCUUGGCCUACGUUUGGAAUGCUGGAGAUGAAAGUUUAAUAUGGAUUUUCUCCAAAUUUGCAGGUAAUAAAUACUCGGCCAUAGAAUGUGGCCAGGACUUAACAUCAGAACUGGCCCUCUCACGUGACUUAUGUUGUGUCUAUCUCUACCAUUUUAAAGUUGACAUUUGUAAUAUUUAUUUCUGGAUAAGAUUUACCCUUCAUUUUAUUUCCUAUAUUCCAAACUCUCUUUCCAUCCUAAUCUCACACCAUGAUUAUUUCCCAUAUCGGAUAAGCCAAUGACAUACUGUAACUCCCUCUUUUGUGAACAUAAAUAAAUACAAAUCAUUGAGACUCUGUUUCAAUUUAUUUUUAUCUCCAUGUAAUUAAGUGCACUUGGUAGCUUAGCUGUUCAAAUCCUACUCACUCUAAAAAGGUCCUGCUCUAAUUUAAACCUUAAAUGAUUUUUUUCUGAAUCACCCUUCAAUUAUAGAUGAUAACUUACAAUCUGAAUGCCACUCAAAUCUUGAGUGUGCUUCUUGUAACACUCUCAUCAAUUCCUAUCUUACCGUGAAGCUACUUGUGACUGUGUUCUAUAAUUCUAUUAGACUUAUUCAGUAAUUCCUUACUCAUUAUUUGAUCCCUUGCCUCUACCGUGGUAUCUUCCCCAGUGUAGUUACUGAAUGAUUUUUUUUAUG